UCUGCGACACCCAGUUACUGGUAUCGCAUAUAAAGACUCGUCAGGAGUGGUGAAGAUAUCGACGCACUCUCCACACACGCUCUCAGUUGUUCUUGGCCAAUGUCCUCAGUAGACCUGCCGAAAGUGGGCUUGAGCUUCGGUGCUGUCACGUAAGGCUGUGUUAAGCAGAGAAUACUAAAUUUCUGUGCUUUGGUCGUGGUUAGUCUAGAAGAACCUACAAUGGCAUCAUCGAUUGGCGCCGCACCAGUUUCCGUUGCGCCAGAAACUGCACAUGGUGCUGAGAAGGUUUACUCCAAGGAGAGCGUGGCCCUGGUGAAGCAGUCUUGGGAGCUUCUAAAAGUGGACGCACAAGCAAACGCCGUCGCUUUCUUCAAAGAGGUAUUCGAGAUUGCACCAGCAGCCAAGGGGUUCUUCUCCUUCAUGCAGGACACCAGCAUCCCCUUCGAGGAUAACCCCAAAGUGAAAUUCCAUGCUCUUCAGGUCUUCAAGUUGACAGGGGACGCGGCGGCGCAACUCGGAGAGAAAGGCGCAUACGAGCUUCUCCAGUCUCGUCUUCACAGUCUGGCCGCCAAGCAUCUCAGUAAGGGAGUUCAAGAUGCUCAUUUCGAGGUGGUAAAAGAGGCUUUGCUGCGGACGAUCGCGGCAGGCUUGCCAGACCUCUGGUCCCCCGCAUUGAAACAGGCAUGGGCCGAUGCCUACGACGCACUUGCCACCACUCUCAAGAAUGAAAUGCACGCUCAAGCCGCCGCGGCAGCAGCUAAAUCUCAUACUUGACAUCCCCAUCUCCGCAAAGGCCCUCGGCCUGGUAACUAUAUCCAUUUGUUAGAUAUGAACUGCACGACUGAAACGUCUAGUGCUUCCGUCUAGCUGCAGGUCUGUACCCUCGGAGUUGCUGCAUAACGUAGAAAACUGUAAAUAACUACAGUUUGUAAAGUUGGUUUUUUGUUGAACAUCUCUUCCAAGCAUCACGUGUGGCCCUCAAUCAGAAAAGCUUCCUCUGAAAUCCACUGAUAAAUAUUCUCAAAAUGCUCAGUUCCAAAGUUCAGAGAUUGUUGGUAGCGUGUCCUGCUUUUUCACUGUUGGAUACUUCCAUGUUACCAGUCAACGCCUCCUUCUUUUCAUAAGCUGAAUAUUUGUAUUUCUACUGUUGAAGAAAAAUAUUAAAUUCAAGACA